AUGUUAAGCUCUGCCUCUCUUUCUCUUUAGCAAUGGGCUACUUUUGCCAGAGCCUGGUACCUUCUCGAUGCAAAGAUGCAGCCACCAGGAAAAAUAGCUGCUGCGACUGUACUCAGACUCGAAGGCAGGCAUAAACCUAUUUAUCAUGCACUAAGUGACUGUGGAGAUCACGUUGUCAUAAUAAAUACAAGACAUAUUGCCUUCUCUGGUAACAAAUGGGAACAGAAAGUAUAUUCUUCACAUACUGGCUAUCCUGGUGGUUUCACACAAGUGACAGCAACUCAGCUCCAUUUGAAGGAUCCAACUGCUAUCGUUAAACUGACUAUUUAUAGAAUGCUUCCAAAAAACCUUCAGAGAAGAACUAUGAUGCAGAGGCUGCACCUUUUCCCAGAAGAUGUUAUUCCAGAAGAUAUACAGAAGAAUCUUCUACAAGAGAUUCCUCAGCCACGUGCAGUUCCCAAGAGGUUAGAUGAAUAUACACCAGAAGAAAUUGCUGCCUUUCCGAGGGUUUGGACUCCGUAA